AUGGCCUUAAUGGUGCAGUCUCCAUUUUUUGAUGGGAAACAACCAAAUUGGCAUCACUUAGAUUGCAUAUUCUCCAAAAAGCCUCCCACUAACAUUGCUGAGAUUGCAAAUUUCAACAAAAUCAAACAUGAAGACCAAGAGAAUAUUAAAAAGAAAAUAAAUGGUGAAGGAAAGGGAACAAAGAGAGGAAAGUCUAAAAAGGAUGGCGUUCCCAUGCCUUACACAAUUGAGUAUGCCAAAUCGAGCCGAGCAACAUGUCGUCAUUGUGACAUUAAAAUAUGUAAGGAUGAAAUCAGAGUUGCUAAAAUUGACUACGACCCCAAGUAUGGAGACCACCCUUUAUGGCAUCAUUUGAAGUGUUUUGCCGAAAAGAAAGUUGAUUUAAACUUCCUUGGGGGUGGAGAAGAACUACCUGGUUUUAAAUCCCUGAAAAAAGAAGACCAAACCACUGUUAAACAAGAAAUUAAAAAGUCCGAGGGAGACGAGGUGCCCAUAAAGAAGAUAAAAAAGGAGCCCAAAGACGAGGCGGAUUUAAAAGAAGAAAAAGAGCUAAAGAAGCGGCUGGCGGAACAGAGCAAGCUGUACGACAAGUCCAGGAAUGCUUUGAGCCAGUUGACAAAGACCGAGUUGCAUGAACUGUUAGAGACAAACAAUCAAGAUGUGCUCACUGGACGUGAUGAGUGCCUGAAUCAUUUGGCUGACUGCAUGGCGUUCGGCGUUCCCCAACCCUGCCCUGAAUGUAAACAAGGGCAACUGGUGCUGGACACUUUUUGCUACAAAUGUACAGGGAAUAUGAAUGAAUGGACGAAGUGCAUGUACAAAACAAAAGAGCCGAAGAAGACGAAAAUGGUGGUGCCGUCGGCGUAUAAGAAACACGCCGCGUUCCUGAAAUAUAAACCGAAAGUGACAACACGUAUAUUCGAGAGUGAGCCCCCACCACCGCCGAUUACUAUUAAAAAGGAAGAGUCCCCGGAGGAUUCUACCCAAAAACCAAUACCUCCAUUGAAAAAUCUACAGUUUUUCCUCCUUGGUAAAUCUAAGAAACCGAAAGAGGAGGUCAAAGUCCGCAUCUUGAAGCUCGGAGGUCUCGUCGUAUCGAAAAUUACAGAUACCACUGCGGCCGUCGUGUCUACGAAGAACGAGAUAGAGAAAAUGUCUUCGAAAAUGGAGGACAUAAAGAAUAAGGAAAUAGAGGUUAUCGAAGAUUCAUUCUUUGAUUUGAUUGAUGCCAAAGAGGGCACAAUCUCGGAAACAUUACGGUUGAUAAGAGAAAACAAUAUUGCUGAUUGGGGCUCUGAUCCAAGUAAGCGGAUACCGCAAGACGUUCUUGAUGGAAAAUCAAUCCAAAAAUCAGGCAGUCAAUAUGUUAAGUCAAAAUCUGGUGUUACCAAACUGAAAGUCAAAGGUGGUACAGCAAUCGAUCCGGACUCUGGUCUAGAGGACGAGGCACACGUGUACAGAGACGAAAGCGGUACAAAAUACACAGUUGUUCUUUGCAAGACCGAUGUUGUCGAGCAAAAGAAUUCAUAUUACAAGAUACAACUGUUGGAGGCUGACAAAAAUAAGAAGUAUUGGAUCUUCAGAUCAUGGGGCCGUAUUGGUACUCCCAUUGGUGGCAAUAAGGUCGAAAAUUGUACCUCCCUUAUGGACGCCAUAAACAAGUUCGAAGGAUUGUAUAUGGAGAGAACGCAAAACCCAUGGGAUACAAGGGCCAACUUUGUAAAGAUUCCCGGUGCAUACUAUCCGAUUGACGUGGAUUAUGGCGAUGAACCGUCAUCUGCCGUAGCACUCAAAGUGGACGAAAAGUGUAAGCUAGACGUCUCCGUACAGCAAUUAAUAAUGAAGAUAUUUGAUAUCAACGUCAUGAAACAAACUCUAAUGGAGUUUGAGCUUGACACUGAUAAAAUGCCACUUGGGAAGCUGUCUAAGAAGCAAAUCAAGAUGGGUUACAACGUCUUAUCAGAGCUACUGAAAUACCUUAAAGAUGGUAAAGUCAACACAAAUAAAGUUGUGGAUGCAACUAACAGAUUCUACACAUUAGUACCACAUAGCUUUGGCAUGGAAAACCCUCCACUCCUCGACAAUAUGGAACUCAUUAAGACCAAAACGGAGAUGCUGGAUAACCUGCUCGAGAUUGAAAUUGCUUAUAGCAUGCUAAGUGACGAAAAAGACGAUUCCGUAAGUCCCAUCGAGGCCCAUUACAAGAAGCUGAAGACGGACAUCGCACCGUUGGACAGGAACUCGCCAGAAUUCGAGAUGAUCAUGGAGUACGUGAAGAACACGCACGCCGCCACCCAUUCCUCCUACACGCUGGACGUGCAACAGGUGUUCAAAGUGGUACGCGAUGGUGAAGACAAACGAUACAAGCCGUUCAAAAAACUCCACAACAGGCGGCUACUUUGGCACGGGUCUCGAGUCACCAAUUUUGCUGGCAUCCUCUCGCAAGGUCUCCGCAUUGCACCGCCCGAAGCGCCAGUGACAGGUUACAUGUUUGGCAAAGGCAUAUACUUUGCGGACAUGGUGUCGAAAUCGGCCAACUACUGCUGCACCAACAAGGCCAAUCCCAUCGGUAUCAUGAUGCUUUGCGAAGUCGCGCUUGGCGAUAUGAAGAAGUGCCACUCGGCGGAGUACAUAACGAAGCUGCCGAGCGGGCUGCACUCGACGUGGGGCGUGGGCCGCACCGCGCCCGACGAGGCGAUGGCGCGCACGCUGCCCGACGGCACGCUGGUGCCGCUCGGCCCGCCCCGCCCCGCCGCCAAGGACACCUCGCUGCUCUACAACGAGUUCAUUGUGUAUGAUGUCGCUCAAGUAAAAGUCAAGUACCUGUUGCAGAUGAAGUUUAAUUACAAGUAC